AUGAAUGAAGAAAGCCCUGUUUAUUAUGGCCGCACAGUCAACAAAGUAUACAAUCAAGAAUUUAUAAUCGACCGCCGAUUCAAAAUCAUCAAGGAACUAGGCCACGGAGCUUACGGUAUAGUGUGCUCUGCUAAAUACGAUGACGGAUCAACAGACUCUUCAACAGCCUCGGCUAGCAGCGCAGGUGAUGGCAGCAACUUGUCAUCUUCUGCAGAUGGCUCCUACGUCGCCAUAAAAAAGAUCACCAAUAUCUUUAGCAAAAAAAUCCUAUGCAAACGAGCAUUGCGAGAAAUUAAACUCCUACAAUUCUUUAGAGGCCACAAGAACAUCACUUGCUUGUAUGACUUGGACAUUAUCCCUAACCCAUUAACAGGAGAGUUUAAUGAAAUUUACGUUUACGAGGAAUUGAUGGAAUGCGAUAUGCACCAGAUCAUCAGAUCGGGACAACCAUUAACAGAUCUGCACUAUCAAUCAUUCAUCUACCAGAUCUUGUGUGGACUCAAAUAUAUACACUCGGCCGAUGUGCUACACAGGGACUUGAAGCCGGGUAACUUAUUGGUGAAUGCCGAUUGCGAGUUAAAAAUCGGUGAUUUCGGUCUUGCAAGAGGGUUUUCUGAAGACCCUGAACAGAAUCAAGGAUUCAUGACAGAGUAUGUUGCUACACGGUGGUAUAGAGCACCCGAGAUUAUGUUGAGCUUUAGCAAUUACACCAAGGCAAUCGAUGUAUGGUCAGUAGGAUGUAUACUCGCCGAGCUUUUGGGCGGUAAGCCAUUGUUUAGAGGCAAAGACUAUGUCGACCAGUUGAAUCAAAUAUUGAUGAUUUUGGGUACACCUCCAGAAGAUACUUUGGUCAAAAUUGGUUCACAAAGGGCACAGAAUUAUGUGCGCUCGUUGCCAUACAUGAAAAAGAUUAGCUAUUCACAAUUGUUUCCUAAUGCCAACCCACUAGCCCUCGAUUUAUUGGAAAAAAUGUUAACCCUAGACCCACAUGAAAGAAUAAGUGUUAAUGAUGCACUAAACCACAAGUACCUCGAAAUAUGGCACGAUCCAAGAGAUGAACCCGAGUGUCAAAUCAAGUUUGAUUUCAAGAGUUUUGAAACAUUUGAAGAAUUGGACGAUAUGAAACAAUUAAUAAUGGAGGAAGUCAAAGGCUUUAGGGAAUUUGUACGGAAACCAAUUGAAGAACAACAACAAAUCCAAUUGCAAUAUCAAAUGAAACAAAAACAGCGACAAGAAGAGGAAAGAAAACAAUCUCAACGAUUUAGAAACCAAGAAACGCAACCUUCCUAUAGUAAUGUUUCAAUCGAUGUUAAUAACUCGAACCAGUCGAGGGGAAGAGAUGGUUAUGAACAAGCAGAGAGACGAGAGGAAGAUGCAUACCCUAGACCACAGGAAUUGACUGACUUUUCAUUCUCCAACUUAGAACUGGCUGGUAUUGCCAGUGGUGGUAGUGGUAGUGGUCUUGGUAGUGGUAUCGGGGGUAUUAAUCAUCAUCAAAAUCAUUCCAAUCUCAAUAACAAUCAAUAUGACCUGCGUAUGCAUGACGAAUACGACCAAGGAGAUUUCGAGUUCAAUCCUUCGGUAUUGGGUGCAGACUACUACAAGUUAGAAGAAGAUCUCGGGUUUGGUCUUGAUGGAAAUACUCUUGACUUUAAUUAG